AUGUUGAAACCACUUAAUGCAGUACCAAAGAAAGUGUUUGAAUGCCCAUUUGAUCAAAAAACUCUUAAUCUCAAGAUCACUCCACUGAGCAAGCCGAGUCUGGAGGCCUCGUGGUCAGAACACAUCCUGGCCAAUCCCAUCAAACCUCGUCAAUUUCCUCACAACGCCAUUCCAUCAACUCGUCGAUCGGGAGAUGUUCUGUCACAAUCACUCACCAACUGUCAGUUAGAUCGAUCGUGCAAAUAUGCUGCCGGUCCUAUGAAGAUGUCUGUCGUAACUGGAAACAAUGCAGACAACCUCCCCAAGUCAUUUGCAAGUUUCAGAUUGAAUCCACAGCAGCAACAACAACAGCAGGUUGCCAGUUUCAAUACAAAGUCCUCAAAGAACAACACCACAGUAGCAGCCAUGAUUGCAUCAGUUGAUAAGUUGUUUGAAGAAGGUGAACCGGUUAAUGGCUAUGCAGAAGUUUUAUCCGGAGGAGUAGCAGCGGACAAGUUCAGCAAGAUCAGCGAGACAAGUGAAGACGAAGGCUCCAUAUCAAAGACACCGAAGCAAUCAGAGAGCACUAAGAAAUGUGAUGCACUGGACAAACACAAGCCAACUAACAUCACAAAACAGAUGUUAUCAACAGGAGUUACUCUCACAAAUAAACCUCGAGCCAGUUCAGAUGCUGAUCACCAGAGGCUACUCAUCAGUUCUCAGCAACAAAAUCUAAGUAAUUUUGUACUGUUGGAUUGGUGCUAUUAA